GCAGCAGCAGAGCGCGGGCUGGUGCGGCCCGGCCCCUCCCUCCCCACUGGCACCACCGCGCCCCGUCCGUCUCGUCCGGCUCCCCCAUGGCCGCGGCUCCCUGGGAAGCACCUCGCGUGGCCGCCCUGCCGGUGCCGGAGUCCCGUUGCCGGGCGGCGGCCGUCUCCCCGCGGUGCCGCUAGCGUCCCGCGUCCCGCUCACCUUGGUCUCCGGUAAAGCACCGAGGAAAGGCGCUUCCGCGGCACCACACCGGCGGUGCUGGGCCGGCUCUCCGCGGCUGGACGGCGCGUCCGUGCCACCCCUCCUCCCUCUCCCCGGCGGCGCUCGGGACGACGGCGGCGGGAGCAGCUCGGCGUGACUCCCCGGCGCGGAUGCGGCAGCCCCCCGGCGAGUGCGAGAUGGCGCUCAGCGGCACGCUCCUCCCUUCCAUCGCCACCUUCGCGGCGGGCGCCGCGGGCCGCGAGAAAGCGGCGCGGCCCGCGGGCCCCGGCAACCGGUGGCGGGAGGAGCUGUCGCAGCUGAAGCGGCCGCCACCGGCGCUGGCGGCGCGGCCCGUGGAGGCGCCGCCGUCGGAGCUGGAGGCCGCCGCCGCCCUGGGGCCCCGCCGCGACGCUGAGGAGUUCAACGAGCUGCUGGACUUCGACUUCAUUCUUUCCAACUCGCUCAUGCACCAGGAGCCUGCCGCCGCUGUGGUGGUGGCCCCCGCCGCCGCCCCGGCCCCCACCGCCAGCCCAUGCCCUGCCGGGCCCUUCGCCUACCCGCUGCCCCGGCCCGAGCCCGCUGGCCUCCUCUACGGCGGCGGCAGCCGCGACGGGGCCCCCGCUGCCGGCCCCGCUGCCCCCUUCAACCUGGCCGACAUCACCGAUGUGUCCCCCUCGGGAGGCUUCGUGGCUGAGCUCAUGCGGCCCGAUCUGGACCCGGUGUACCUGCCGGCGCCGGCGGCGCUGCCGCCCCUGGGCAGCCUGCAGGGCAAGUUCGUGGUGAAAGCUGUGGGCGAGUAUAGCCACCCGGCACUCAGCCCCAAGAGUGGCCCCCCAGCUGCCGCCCCGCCGCCCGGCACCGAGGGCCCUGGGGCCCCCUACAGCCCCCUGCCACGGAUGUGCCCCAAAAUCAAGCAGGAGGCUGCCCCGCCAUGCACCCUGGCCCCACCGCUGCCACCACCGCCACAUGGCAGCAGCUCCCGAGGAGCCCCUCAGCAUGACUUCUCCCUGGGCCGCCCACUGCCUGCCCGGACUACACCUUCGCUGGGGCCUGAGGAGAUGCUGAGCGGCAGAGACUGUCUCCCUGCUGCCCCAGGGCUGAGCCACCCACCGCUGCCACUGCCCCCAGGGUACCCCCCAGCCUCUGGUUACUCCACCUUCCUGUCUGAGCAGCUGCCGCCUGGCACGCUCCAGUACCAAGGUGAGUCCCCAUGCUUCGGCCAUGGGCACACUAGGGCGCCUGCUUUGCCCUUGGCCACAGCACUGCUCGCUCCUCCCUGUCCAUCUUUAGAGCUGAUGCCACCAGGGAGCUGCCUGCCUGAGGAGACCAAGCCCAAGAGGGGACGCCGAUCAUGGCCUAGGAAGAGGACAGCCACACACACCUGUGACUAUGCGGGCUGUGGCAAAACCUAUACCAAGAGCUCUCAUCUCAAGGCACACCUGAGAACCCACACAGGUGAGAAGCCUUAUCACUGUGACUGGGAGGGCUGCGGAUGGAAGUUUGCCCGAUCUGAUGAACUUACUCGUCACUACAGAAAACACACAGGCCACCGCCCUUUCCAGUGCCAGCGGUGUGAUAGAGCGUUUUCCAGGUCGGACCACCUCGCCUUACACAUGAAGAGGCACUUUUAAUUGGAAGCAGUGGAUCUUUCCCCAACUGCUGUUGAGAUUCAGUAUUUACAGCACAAGGACUGUUUUCCGCAAGAUGGGGAGAACACAGUUUAAGCACUACAGAUAACCAAGGUGAAGUCUUUCAAAGAGUGGAAAAGAGGGAUAAUUGCAUACAGACAUUGCAACUUUUUUUAUAUAGAUACAUUUAAAAGAAAAGAGAACCAAAAACAUCGGGGUCAGUGACUGGAUCUUCUAUCAUUCCAUUUGUAAAUCCAACUUGAAUUAUUUCCGGACUACAAAAUGCCAAGGAGUGACUGGGAGUCACGGAUAUCAGGGUUAAACAGACUGUGUAGUUCGGAGGGUGGGGAUAUUACACAGGGAAAUGAAAUUCCCUUAGUUUUCUUUCAAUGCAAUAUUAGAUGUAAAUGUCAUCUUGUACUUUCCUUUUUUUCCUUCUAAAAGCCAUUAUGAUAAAAGAGGAGGAAAAAUUCAGGUACAGAAUUAUAUUUUAAAAGCCUAUUUCAUGGUGCUUAGUGACUGUUGGUUCUAGAGGUACCAAAACCAAGAAGCCAAAGUUCUCAAACUGCUGCAUAUCUGACAAGGAAAUACUUUUGUCUUCUGAUCACCGAUUAUGACCUAAAUCAGGUAAAUAAACCUGGUUUAUCUUUUUUUUAAAGAAAAUAACUUUAUGCAGACAGUCUGUAAUGCACUGUGGUUUCUAUGUGCAAUAGUUUGUACAAUGGUUUAUUCCCAAAUAUGCCUUAAGCAGAACAAAUGUUUUCUAUAUAGUUCUUUACAUAAUAAAUAUGUAAUAUAAGUUUAAGCAAACUUCUAUUUUGUAUAUUUGUAAACUACAAAGUAAAAUGAACAUUUUGUUGGAAUUUGUAUUUUGCAUAUUCAAGUGGAAAAUAAGUUUUAAAUAAACCUAUCCUAUUUUAUCUGAA